AUGAGAAAAACAAGCUGCACGCAGAGUAAACCGUACUACACCGCACACCCACGAAGAGAGGCGUUACGAAAAACAAGAAAAGGGGAGAUGAAUGAUUGUUCAACAUUGGCAUUCUCAGAGAAGGUAAAAAUCAAGAAAUUAACCAUGCCGCACGGUGCCAUAGAUUCGCUCGUCGAGGGAGUUAGUUCCUUAAAGAUAGUUCCCAAAACCACUGGUAAUGCAGAGUAUAAUUCCUCGUCUGCACUCGCAACAACUCGUCCCCCUAACCCUCCAUUUACGAAGAAAUUGAAAAACGAAGGAAGCUCGUCUAAAUCCACCUCAAUCCCUACUGAUCAUGGUAUGAGAACCUCAUAUCCACCAUCUGCCUCCAUGCUUAUCUCAAAACACUACUUUGAAAAGCACAAUAUGAAGCAAAAGGGCGAUCACAAACCAAAAGAGGAAGUAAAAUACCGAUUUCAUUGUGAAAUAGAGGAAGGUAAUGCUCAGAAUCACCUUACGCCUCUUAAAAGCCAUGGAAAGAUCCACCCACCAUCUGCUAAUGCUGAGAAGAACCGCGAUUCGGAUGAAAUUCUUGAUUCUGUGAAUUUAUCCUCCUUUCCGAAUAAUGGACUAACUGUCGACUUCACCAAUCCCCGGUUACAAUCUAAAUCCGGAACUAGCUACUGCCUGAGCCCCCAGGGCAGUUUCUACUCGGCCACGAAUUACACAGAGGCAAAACAGAGCUUCUCAGCGAGUAGCCUGGGAAAAUCCGUAGAGAGUGGUGAAAUUAACAACUCGUUUGAAUUCAUCGAGAGCAGGAAAACCAGUAGCAUUAACCGGGCCAGCACGGGCAGUGACAUCAGUGACGAGAGCAGCUCGGGUAGCUUUAGCAGUGCGCAUUACAAGCCGCACAAGGCGAAUGACGUGAGGUGGGAGGCAAUCCAGGCUGUCCGGUCGCGAGGAGGUGGGGCCCUUGAGCUGAAGAAUUUCAGGAUUUUUAAGAGGUUGGGGUGUGGGGAUAUAGGGAGUGUUCAUUUGGCAGAGCUGAUUGGGACUAGGACUUUAUUUGCUAUGAAAGUCAUGGACAAAGAUGCCCUCGCUAGUCGGAAAAAGGUUCUGCGGGCUCAGACAGAGAGGGAGAUUUUGCAGUCUCUCGAUCAUCCUUUUUUGCCGACAUUGUAUACGCAUUUUGAAACGGAGAAGUUUUCCUUUCUUGUGAUGGAGUUUUGCUCGGGGGGCGAUUUGCACGCGCUUAGGCAGAAACAGCCCGGAAAGUUUUUCCCGGAGCAUGCAGCAAGGUUUUACCUUGCUGAAGUCCUCCUGGCCCUCGAGUACCUCCACAUGCUCGGGAUCAUCUACCGAGACCUAAAGCCCGAAAAUGUCCUCGUUCGUGAAGACGGCCACAUUAUGCUCUCUGAUUUCGACCUCUCCUUGAGAUGUUCCGUAAGCCCCACACUCGUCAAGUCCUCCAACUCCAACCUUAACUCCAAAGCCUCUGGGUACUGCAUGCAGCCCGCUUGCCUCGAGCCCACAUCCUGCAUCGUCCAGCCCACCUGCUUCGGCCCGCGUCUCCUGGGUAAGCCCAAAAGGUACCGAAAUCCCAGAAAAAACACAGAAAUGCAGCACAGUCAAGUGACCCCACUCCCCGAACUCAUAGCGGAGCCCACAAACGCACGGUCCAUGUCUUUUGUGGGCACCCAUGAAUACCUGGCGCCCGAGAUCAUCAAAGGCGAGGGGCAUGGCAGUGCAGUUGACUGGUGGACUCUCGGGAUUUUCCUAUACGAGCUGCUUUUCGGGCGGACCCCAUUCAAAGGUUCGGGUAACCGGGCGACCCUGUUCAAUGUGGUGGGGCAGCCGCUGAGUUUCCCCGAAACUCCUACUGUGAGCUUUGCUGCCCGAGACCUUAUUCGGGGACUGCUGGUGAAGGAGCCGCAGCACAGGCUGGCGUAUAGGCGUGGGGCAACCGAGAUCAAGCAGCACCCAUUUUUUCAGAGCGUGAAUUGGGCUCUCAUACGGUGCGCAAGCCCACCGGAGGUCCCGCAGCCUUUUGUGAUGGGCAAGGAUGAGGUUGGGCCUGGGCUUGUGACGGGUAAGAUGGCGGCUGUUGACGUGAAGUCAUCCGGGAAUUACUAUGAAAUAGAUUUUUUCUAG